AUGAUUCCUGGAAAUGUCUCUCUUGUGACUGAAUUCAUUCUGGUGGGAUUAACAGACCAGCCAGAUCUCCAGCUACCCCUGUUCUUCCUGUUUCUAGCAAUGUAUGUGGUCACUGUGUUGGGAAAUUUGGGCUUGGUAACGCUAAUUGUGCUGAGUUCACACCUUCACACCCCCAUGUACUUUUUCCUCUUUAACUUGUCCUUCAUAGACCUCUGUUAUUCUUCUGUGUUUACACCUAAAAUGCUGACGGACUUCGCAUCAGAAAAGAACAUUAUCUCCUACAUGGGGUGCAUGACCCAGCUUUUUUUCUUUUGUUUUUUUGCCAUUUCUGAAUGCUAUGUGCUAACAUCAAUGGCCUAUGAUCGCUAUGUAGCCAUCUGUAACCCACUUUUUUAUAACAUUGCCAUGUCCCCUAAAGUAUGUUGCAACCUCAUUUUUGGUUCAUACUUGAUGGCCUUCUCUGGCGCCAUGGCCCACACUGGAUGCAUGCUGAGACUGACCUUCUGUGAUGCAAACACCAUCAACCACUAUUUGUGUGACAUCCUCCCUGUGCUCCAGCUCUCCUGCACCAGCACCUACGUUAAUGAGCUGGUGGUUUUCAUUGUAGUUGGCAUCAACAUCAUUGUGCCCAGUCUCACCAUCUUUAUUUCUUAUGGUUGCAUCGUUUCCAUCAUCCUUCAAAUCAGCUCCAAGGAAGGCAGGUCCAAAGCCUUCAGGACUUGCAGUUCCCACAUAACUGCUGUUUCUUUAUUCUUUGGAUCAGGUGCAUUUAUGUAUCUCAAACCGUCUUCUGCUCUUAGUAUGGAUGAGGGAAAAAUCUCUUCUGUCUUUUACAGUAGUGUGGUUCCCAUGAUGAAUCCCUUAAUCUACUGCUUGAGGAACAAAGAUGUGAAACUUGCACUGAGAAAAACCCUGAGUAUUAGAAAGUUUUGA